GCUUCAUCCAAAACCUGCAUCAUCUUCCAAUUUUAAAUAUGACAUCAAUUCUGAAUGAUACAUAAAAUAGUCGAUAGAUUAUUAUAGAGGUUCGUUAUCAAAUACAAGUUAAAUUCUGCCAGCAUCUAUGUAAGGGUGAAUAUCUGGGUAUAUAGCAAUACUAAGAUAAAAAAAAGUUCAUGUGAGGCAAUAUAUAGAGAUAUAAAAUCAUGGCUGAUCCCGAUGCUGACUAUGUUUGUUCACUGGACGAAAAGAGUCUUAAGGUUGCAAAAGAAGAAUUGUGUGAAGACCCGGAUGAACGGCUUAGUCAGGUGAAACAGCUCAGAGCUUGGAUAGAGACACAACCUCAUCUAAAAUGUAAAACAGAUACCAUUUUCCUGCUAAACUUCCUAAGAAGAUAUCGCUUCAGUCAGCUAGAGACAAGAAAAAUGCUUGACUACUUCCUAACGAUUCUUACGGAGAUGCCCGAAUGGUUCCGAGAUUUAGACCCCUUAGAACCACAUAUAGAAAAGGCUUACUGGACUGGACACCUUGUUCCUUUGCCCCAACGGGACGAUAAAGGCAGGCGCGUUGUGCUAAUGCGUCCUGGAGUCAUCGAUCCAAACACUAAGGAAUUCACCGGGAUGCAUGUGUCAAAGGACAACAAUUGCAUUUUUGGUGUACUACAGGGGGAGGAAAUGACUCAAGUAAAUGGGAUGAUAUUUGUGAUUGACUAUACUGGUAUGACAACUAAACACAUGUCAUUUUAUGGGAUGGAUCAGGCCAGAAAAAUGUCAAAAUUCAUGGACAAAUUCCCCGGGAGGUUUAAGGAGAUGCACUACUACAACACCGGAUCGGUGUUUGAGGCAGUUAUGGGAGUAAUGAAGCCAUUCCUGUCUCAAAAGAUAAAGGAUAGGAUGAUAAUGCAUGGUAACAAUCUUGAGAGUUUAUACAAGAAAAUUCCCCUGCAUCUUCUCCCGGAGGAGUAUCUCCCUGAUGACUACACUGGACCAAAUGCAGGCAGUGUAAAAACUAUACUCGAGGACUUUAGGAAGCGCAUGAUCGAGCCAAAAUUCAGAAAUGGUCUGAUAGAGGGUUCUACAGAAUAUGGCUACGUUGAUGAGAGAUUACGACCCAAAGUUGAAGAGGUGCAGGCAACUUUCAGAAAGCUAAAUGUGGACUAAAAUACACUAGACGAAAAAACUCUUGCAAGUCUGGAAUCUUGGUUUGUUCUUUGGAUGCAUUCUCAAAAUUCAUUUCGUUCGUUGCGUACCUUCACUACCUGUAAGGCACAGGAGGUACUGAUUGCACUGGACGAAAGGCUCGGAGAUUGCUUUGGAUGUACACUUGUGGUCUACUUUUUUCAAUAGGGAACGUGUACAAUUAUGGUUAAGGCUAAGUUCUCCCCUUCAUGUUAUAAAUUGCGCGAUUGAGUAUAAAGAUAUUAAAGAAAUUGUGGAAAUGAAGUCCCUGGAAAUAACAGUUGAACUAUGUAACGCUUGAUAUCUUAUCAAACGAUGCAGUGAUUUUUU